AUGGCUACCCCUAGUGUCCUUGCCUUUGACGCUGAGGGUCGGGCCAUUGACUUUGACGUCUGGGUAGAUGACCUUCAACCUAUCUUACAGUGCGAUAGGGCAGACGGUCUCUCCCUCUUUGACCUCACCUCUGGUGCCUCUCCUGCCCCUGCUGCUGAUGCUGACGCCACUGUUCACUCACAGUGGGCCACACGGGAUGCUGCUGCCAGCUUGCUGUGCGUCGCCACCUGCCUAUCUCUGAGCGUGCGCACUUUAGCCAUCACCCGGCUCCCUGACUCCCUUCGCGUAGUCAGGGACCACUUCCUCUCAGUUUGCCCCACCACUCUCACCAUUGACCUCCUCGAGAAGGCCCUCCUAGCAGCAGAGAAGAGCAUAGUCACUGUAGGAGCCUCUCGUGGUGACCCUCGCACCCCCGUCUUUGAGGGGUGUUCCCCCUCACCCCUUUUGCCCUCUGUUGCCUCUGCUGCUGCGGCCGACCUCGUUGGUUUCGAGUCGGUCGGCGCUGCGUCUGCCCCAAGCGGGAGACGCCGCACCGGCAAGGGCAAGGGGGGCAAGGGCGCUAGAGGGGCUGGCGGGGGUGGCGGAGGUGGCGGUGGAGGCACUGGAGGGGGUGAGGGUGGUGGUGGGAGUGUUGGCGGGGGUGGAGGUGUCGGUGGCGGCAGUGGAGGCGGAGGCGGCGGCGGCGGUGGCGGUGGGAGCGGAGGUGGCGGAGGUGGCGGCGGUGGAGGAGGCGGCGGCGGAGGCGGUGGAGCUGGUCGGGGUGGCGCUGCGCAGAGGGUCGGCUCCGGUGGUGGUCAGCGCCAGCAGCAGCGCAGUCGUGACAUCCCCUCCCCUCAGCAGCUCCGUGAGUGGUACGCUGCACGCCAGCGGGGUUGGGGUACUGGUCCGUGCACCUACGUCCUACGCACCAGCGACCGCGCGGGUGAGCAGUGCGGGGGUGCGCACUCCACCCAGCGCUGCUUUGGCCGCCUGACGGACGCUUGGCGUCACCAGUUCCCUGAGGCCACUGAGAUUCCUCGCUGGGGCGAGCUGUCUAGGGCGGGAGUAGCUAUCUUUGACCUUGACUUUGAUGCUAUUCUUGCUGCCAUGUAUGCUGUGACUAUUAGUGAUGAGGGUAACUGUUACCGGUGUUUUCCGCCCGACCCGGGCAUUGAGACUGCUGCUCUAGGUACUGGUGAGGCUGCUGCUCUAGGUGCUAGCGAGGCUGCUGCUCUAGGUGCUGGUGCGUCUGCUUCCUCAGGUGCUGGUGAGUCUGCUCUCUCAGGUACUGCGUCGGCUUCGGCCUCCCACACCUUCACACUUGACUCGGGGGCUUCUCGCUCCUUCUUUCGAGACCGCACCACACUCACGCCGCUUGGUCGGCCAGAUGCUGUCUCCCUGGCAGACCCCUCUGGGGGUCCUGUCCUUGCUCACUUCUCCAUUGUCCUCCCGUGUCCGACGGCCCCCUCUGGCACCCUGUCUGGUCUUUACCUCCCCUCAUUCUCUACAAACUUGGUGAGUGGUGCUGACCUACAGGAUGCGGGGGUUCACCAGUUCAGUCCUGCGAGUCAGCGGGUGACCCACUGCACGGAUGCUCGGACAGGCCGACACCUGGCCACGUUUACACGUCGGCCGGGGUCAAGCCUGUACACACUGACCACUGAGUCUCCUCCAGUCACUGCGUCUGGUCAGGUAGCUACGUCGGGUCAGGUGUUUGCUGCAGCAUCCAGAGGGGCGGCAGCGGGCUGCCCCUCACUCCUCCCAGUUUCCUCCGACAGUGGCCCCGCUGCAGACGCUUCACAUGGACGUGUGGGGCCCGGCCUGCUGGUGGUUGACGACUACUCGCGUUACACCACAGUCUUCCCCUUGCGCAGCAAGGGUGAUGUCAGUGAGGUGUUGAUCGACUGGAUCCGCGCAGCUCGUCUCCAGCUGAGGCACAGCUUCAGCUCGGACUUUCCUGUUCUGCGUCUGCACUCUGAUAGAGGCGGAGAGUUCUCCCUUGGCCUUCUGCGAGCCUACUGUCGUUCACGAGGCAUCCGCCACACCUUCACGCUUCCGGACUCUCCACAGCAAAAUGGGAUUGCUAAGCGCCGCAUUGGCAUAGUCAUAGACGUCGUCCGUACGUCCAUGAUGCAUGCGGCUGCCCCCCAUUUUCUGUGGCCGUUUGCGGUUCGGUACGCGGCGCAUCAGAUCAACCUUCACCCCAGGGUCUCCAUGCCGGAGACCUCCCCAGCUUUGCUGUGGACGCGGAAGGUUGGAGAUGCGUCUGCGUUCCGUGCCUGGGGAUCUCGGGCGUUUGUCCGCGACUUGUCUGCGGACAAGUUGUCCCUUCGUGCUGCUCCUUGCGUCUUCCUUGGCUUCCCCCGUGACGCGCCAGGGUGGCAGUUCUACCACCCCACCUCUCGCCGUGUUCUGUCCUCCCAGGACGUCAUGUUUGACGAGUCAGUCCCCUACUACCACCUCUUCCCCUACCGCACUCCUUCCCUCCCCCCGCCACCGUUCUUCCUUGUGCCAGGUCCCCCCCUGGUAGACCCCCUCCCCCCUCAGGGUUUUGCCCCUUCAGGUGUGUCCCAGGUAGACGCAGUCGAGCCUGUUGAGGUUGCUGGUGACUAUGGUGCUGCUCAGGGUGCUGAGCCUGGGGGUGCUGAGCGUUUGGGUGCUACGCCUGGGGGUGCUGAGUCUGAGGGUGCCACUACUUGGGGUGCUGAGUCUGGGGGUGUUGAGCCUGGGGGUGCUACUACUGAGGGUGUUGAGCCUGGGGGUGCUGAGCCUGGGGGUGCUACGCCUAGGGGUGCUGAGCCUGGGGGUGCGGAGCCUGGAGGUGCUGAGCCUGGGGAUGCUACGCGUGGAGGUGCUGAGCCUGGGGUGCGGAGCCUGAGGGAGCUGGGCCUGCUCGUGUCGCGUCUGGCGGUAGUGAGCCUGCAGGUUCUCCGCGUGCUUCGUCUCGGCGGGAGCCCCUCUCUCCACAGGAACUGCGUGAGUGGUUUGCCUGGCGCUAGAGGCGUGCUGCUGGAGCUGGAGGUUCUUCGGCUGCUGAGGGUGCUGGUGCCGCGGGUCCCGGAGGUGCUCGUACUGGGGGUACUGGAGCUGCUGGGCCUGCGGGUGCGACUGGAGCUGGAGCUGCUGAGGGUGUUGGUGCUGAGGCUACUGCUGUUGGUCCUGGAGGCGGUCCCGCUAGGGGUGCUACUGGUGGUGCUGGAGGUACUGGAGCUGGAGGUGCUGCUGGCGCUGGUGCUGCCGCUAGGGGUCCUGCCGGCCUCCUCACUGCCUGCUCCUUCUCCCUACACUGGUCCUACUGGAGGUCUUGCUGAGCGUCGUGAGCCUGCGUCUCGCCCUGCGUCGCCUGUCCGUGCUGCUCGCUCUAGUGGUCGUGGUUCGCGUCAGCGUCCUCCUCCUUUCCCUGACACGCACAGGAUGUCUUUGCGUCCGUCCAUCGCUCCUCUGCGUGCCCCUUUGCCUUCUCCUCCUGAGUCCUCUCUUCCUGCUCUUCCCGACCCGGAGUCGGACACUCUUCGUGCUGCCAAUCCUUCUGUCACGCGUCUCCUUGCUACUAUCGUCACUGACCCUUCCUUUGAGUCCACUGCUGCGUCUGCCCUAGUUGCUGAGCUCCUCGAUUUUGCUGCUCGUUGUCGUCUAGACUACGCUGCUAGUCUUGUCGCUGAGUCUGAGUCUGUCUGUCCUCCGUCCGUCGGGGGUGAGUGUGCCCUUGGCACGGACGUCCUUGAGGACAGGCAGGAGGAGUUCCAGUGUUUGGCUGCUGCUUCACCUCAUCUCGUGUCCGUACUGCUUACCCCUGAGGGAGACCCGGAUGCACUUGACAUCCCGACUCCGCGCUCUUACGCGGAGGCGAUAGAGGGUCCCUACUCCUCUCAGUGGCAGGCAGCUAUGGACACAGAGAUGGCUUCUUGGAAGUCCACAGGCACCUACGUUGACGAGGUUCCCCCGCCUAGGGCGAACAUCGUCAGUGGCAUGUGGAUUUUCAGGGUGAAGCGGCCGCCGGGUUCUCCGCCUGUCUUCAAGGCGCGUUACGUGGCUCGUGGCUUCAGUCAGCGGCAGGGAGUUGACUACUUUCAGACCUUCUCUCCCACCCUGAAGAUGACCACUCUUCGGGUACAGCUGCACAUAGCUGCUCACCGCGACUACGAGCUGCACUCUCUUCACUUCAGCACUGCUUUCUUACAGGUCAGCCUGCACGAGGAGAUCUGGCUGCACCGCCCACCUGGCUUCACUGGAUCUUUUCCCCCUGGCACCCAGUGGAGCAUCCGGCGGCCAGUCUACGAUCUCCGCCAGGCACCGCGUGAGUGGCACGACACACUGAGGACUACACUUGCGGCUCUUGGGUUUGCUUCCUCUACUGCUGACCCGUCGCUGUUUCUGCGCACCGACACUUCUUUGCCGCCGUUCCAUAUCCUCGUGUACGUCGACGACUUGGUCUUUGCCACAGCUGACACUGCUGGACUCGCCCACGUGAAGUCCGAGCUGCAGAAGAGACACACGUGCACAGACCUGGGUGAACUGCGUAGCUACCUUGGCUUGCAGAUCACCCGGGACAGAGCACGCCGCACCAUUACCCUGACUCAGUCACACAUGGUGCAGCAGGUCCUUCACCGCUUCGGCUUCACGUACUCCUCGCCUCAGGCCACUCCUCUGCCUACUCGCCACUCGCUCUCAGCUCUGCCUUCGGAUGAGUCCGUAGAGUCGAGUGGCCCGUACCCAGAGCUUGUUGGCUGCCUCAUGUACCUGAUGACCUGCACACGACCUGAGCUUGCAUACCCUCUUAGCAUUCUAGCAUGCUAUGUUGCUCCUGGGAGACAGAGACCGAAGCACAUGGCUGCAGCGAAGAGGGUGUUGCGCUACUUGUGCAGUACGUCGAGCAUGGGGCUUGUGCUUGGAGGGCAGAGUGCUGUGGUCCUCACUGGGCACGCAGACGCUUCUUGGGCUGACGACCAGGCUACGCAGCGGUCGUCACAGGGUUACACCUUCAGCCUUGGAGCUUUGUGGCUCACCUACCUGCUGACUGACCUCGGAGAGCCGCCUCGUUCUCCUCCAGUGCUGUACGUAGACAACAAGGCCAUGCUGGCCUUGUGUCGAGAGCAGAGACUGGAGCACCGAACGAAGCACAUUGCUCUCCGCUACUUCCUUGCUUGUGAGCUACAGCAGCGUGGUCAGCUGCGCCUUGCGUACGUGGCCUCUGAGGCCAACAAUGCUGAUAUCUUCACCAAGGCACUUGCGCCUUGUGAUCAUCAGCGCUUCUGUACUCAGCUGGGUCUUGUGCCUACCUUGCCUCACUUGCUCACCCCUUGA